AUGUUCAGUUCUGAUAGGCCUUUGGGAGAGGGGGACCUACGGAAAUUACUGAAGCUAUACCGCACAGAGAUUUCAAUGGCAGUGGAUGAUGUCUUCCCAUUGCUUCAUGGGCUUGUGGAUCAUGACGUUGUCACUGAAGAGAUGUUCAAGGACACUAUCCAUUUGAAGGAGAAAGAGGGUUGCCAUAAGGCUUUUCAUGCCGUGUUGACGUGGCUGCUGAGUCAGGAGUCACCUUCUAUCCAGGACUUCUGGAGGGUCCUCUUCAAGGAUUACAAUCUGGAAAGAUAUUCCAAGCUCCAGUCCAUUCGGAGUAGCUUUCCCAAAGAUAUGGAUCUUGGCAGGCACCGUAGGGCAAGGAAACUCACAGCCAGUCCUAAGAUACUGGCUCAGCCCAAGUCUCAAGGAAAGCGGAAGGCAACGGAGGAGAAAGACCCUUUGCACCUUCCUCAGCCUUUACUGAAAGGCGACCCACACUUUGGAGAUGGUAAGAAAUAUAUCAAAGUUGGUGGUGAGUUUUAUACCACAAGAAAAUUGGAGGAGCCUGUAGAGAAGAGUAGAGCUCGUGAACCAAAGCCCAGUGUGAAAGCCAAAGAAUCCCAGGCCCCCGAAUAUAAGAAUGAUGAUGAAUGUGCUGUCUGCAAAGAUGGUGGGGAGCUUAUCUGCUGUGAUGGAUGCCCCAAAGCCUUUCAUCUUGCCUGCCUUAUGCCACCACUGACAGAAAUUCCCAGCGGAACAUGGAGAUGUGAAUCCUGCUCUCUGGGGAAGCUGAAACUGGACAGGCACAGUGAAGAAGAGAACAGCAGACAGCAACUUUCUCAAACUCUGGGUGCUCUUACUCUCUAUGGCCAGAGGAUAGCUGAAGAUCGGAAGAGAGUUCUCAUCAAAGAACCUUUGGGGACUUCCUUUGGGCAACCUGUGUCUGCUGUAUCCCCAGUGUCUGUGGCAGUAGUACCAACAGUACAGAAUGUGGGAACAGAGGCCCAGCUGAAACUGACCACUGGGGAAAAGUGUGGUGUUUGCAGGAAAGGAGGUGACAUGAUCUACUGCAGCAAAUGCUUCAAGGCUUUCCACUGGCAAUGCCAUUUUCCUGCCCAUGCAGAUCAAAUCAGUGGAAUCUUGAUCUGCAAGUCCUGCUCCAGCAGCUCUGCAACUAUCACCGUGGAAGGAGCAGCAGUCUCAAACAGCUCAGUGCUGAGAGCGGUAAAGGUGGUGGAAGAAUCUGCUGAGGCUGAACCAGUUAUGAAUAAAGAUGAGCUGGACUCUCUGUUAGGGGAGAACACCUUUGAUGGUAUCCUGCAUUGGGCAUUCCAGAGCAUGUCUCGCCCUGUGCCAGACACCCAAGCGUUUUUUUCAUAG